AUGGUUAGACCGUCUCGCCAGCCUGCUAGCACUUCCUCAAAGUCGCGAAGAAGCGGUCGGCCCGCGACGCCGAAAGCUUCGAGAUCUCGACCGAACACAGCAUCACCAAAGAGUAAACGAUCGCCACCGAAAAAGACGGCACCACCACCCCCCGACCCUGGCGUAAUACCAGAUUGGUGUGAUCCUAGGAUAUCUCUACGAUGCUGGGAAAACAUCUUCUCGUACGCUUUCAACGAUGGCGGGUCGACUGGCUGGCUUCUCAAUGUCGCCACCACUUGCAAGGUGUUUGCAGAGGCGGCCAUCUCAGCCCUCUAUCGAUGCCCGACGCUCGCUCAUCCAGCCAAAGCGAAGAAGCUAGCUGCCCUGCUGCAGCGGCCAGAGACGGAAACAUUGUUCAACUACCGGGCCAAGAUUGAGGAGCUGCAGCUCGAAAUCAACGUGGCAAACGCCGCCAUCAUGGGCCAACUGAUCCAGCCGUCGUACCGCCUGCGCGAGUUGACCGUGUACACGACUCUUGACCAGCCGCCCUACAGAGCACUGAAUACACCAAGUCGCUGGAAGUACCCAGUCGAGCUCUUCGAAGCUCUUUUUCCUGCCCCAGCAGACACGGAGCUAGGGCAGUACAAGACGUUUCCUACGAGGUUGACGGCGUGGGAAUGGAGCGGCAGAUUUAUCGGCGGCCAUGUGCCCGAUCUUGACGCCAUUGCUAGUAUUCAUUCAACACCGUCGUUUAUCAGUCUUGAAAGAAUCAGUUUUACAAACUUCCAGCUACCGUCUCUCUUCUUACAGGCUAGGCGACAAACAGAAGCGAGCCAGAUGGAGACAAUCCAGAAGGACCGCGAGGUCGUUGCCAGCAUAUCCCGGGCAAUUAAUGCACUCCCCGAACUCAAAAGCCUGUGCUUUGAAUCAUCAACAGCCAUGAAUAACGAUCUGCUACCGCAAUUACCAAAGAACCUGGUGAAGCUCGAGCUGAUUAACUGCUGGGAAGUCAACUCGACCGACUUUGCCCCCUUCUUAAAGACUCACGGGUCACACAUGCGGAUUCUGAAGCUGCACCACAAUCAGUCCCUGGACCUGGCCUUCUUGACCAGCCUGGCAGAAAGCUGCCCUGAGCUGCACGAGCUCAACAUGAACCUGUCGUACUACAAGCUGCACGACUCUAUUGACGAUUCGGAUCCCAUGUAUGACUACGCUCUAUUGCCCUACCAAGUGCCGACCUGGCCAAGUACCCUUCGUGCCAUUGUUGUCGAAAACAUCCGCAAAUGGGACCUCGAAGCGGCUGAAAUGUUCCUCAACUCGAUCCUCGACCGCGCGCAGCACCUCCCACAUCUCCGUGUGCUUUCCAUCAAGACGAUGCUCGACAUUCCGUGGCAACGCAGAGCUACGCUGCGCAUCGAAUGGAAAGAGAAGAUGGAAGACGUCUUUCUGCGCCGCUCAGAGCCACCCCUCGCCUUUUACUCUCUGCGCAAACCGGCAGCACUGGCAUCAUCAUCAGCAGCCAGAAUUAAUGAAGACAACGACCGCAAGAGAAAAGAGCCGCCGUCUCUUGCCAUCCGCCGCAGUAGCCGUGUGCCCACAGUCGAAGACGCACCACGCGUGAACAAGCGACAAGCCAGCUCUCGCCGUGCCAACCGCCCAUCGUACCGGGAUCUCGACACGGAUGAGGACGACAACGACACUGACGACGAUGAGGAGGGCUACGAUAGUUCGCCCACAUCUGACGAAUCCGACCAUCAACCAUCCCCUCCUGAAGCACCACAGGCUAUCCAGGGCAUGUGCCGCGUCGUCAACAUUCUCUUUGACAACCAAAAGGUCCGCGAACUCCAGUACGGCAUGGAAGACUUCCGUAGUGACGAAGACACCGACGAGGAGGAAGACUGGGACGGCGACGAGGACGACGAAGACGACCGUGUCAUUCAAUUCUGA